GCCAAUAAGCAAGAUCCAAGUAGAAAAAUGGCGUCUCCCAGCCGCUGGAGGAUUAUUUCAGUGUUAUUCCUUGCAGUGUUUAUCAUUUCGACUCAUUGUUCGGACACCAAACCUAAAAAGAAAAAAGAUAUUCGGGAUUACAAUGACGCCGACAUGGCCAGGCUACUCGAACAGUGGGAGAAAGACGACGACAUUGAAGAAGGCGAUCUGCCGGAGCACAGAAGAUCACCUCCACCUAUCGAUUUCUCUAAAGUGGACCCGUCCAAACCUGAGGAGCUCCUGAAAAUGUCCAAAAAGGGGAAAACCGUCAUGGUGUUUGCGACAGUAUCUGGCAACCCAUCUGAGAAGGAGACUGAGGAGGUCACAAGCCUGUGGCAAAGCAGUCUCUUCAACGCCAACUUUGAUGUUCAGAGGUUUGUGGUGGGCUCCAACCGUGUCAUCUUCAUGCUACGCGAUGGCGGCUACGCGUGGGAGAUUAAGGACUUCCUGACUGGCCAGGAGCGAUGCGAGGACGUGACCGUGGAGGGACAGGUGUUCCCUGGGAAGGCGGCCACGAAGGAAAGCAAGGGGAAAGGACAAAACGCCACCGGCAAGACAAAGGACAAGAAAGCUGCCAACCGGGCCGCCCAAUACAAACAGGAACUCUGAAGCUGAAGCGUUUGCCCAGGAGCAGCACGUAGGGAUAUGUGGAUGGUAUGCUUAAUCAGAGACUACACGUGGAGGUGCCCAGCCGGGGUGCUUAGGACAACAUGGUUCUAUACGCAGUGUGUCGCUCAUACCAGGAGGCUGCUUCUGUGGCCGUUGUCUUUUGUUUCUGAGUGGUACUUUGUGAUCCCCUACGUAGGCCUUCAGUCAUGUCACUGUUAUUUUUGUUUCUUCUUCUUCAUUCGAGCAGUACUUAACCUUAUUCUUCCACUACAUUCACCCAAAGAAAAGGUAUGUGGUAUUUGUCAUUAAAAUAAAAGGUUUCAUUUGGAUAAUUUUUACCCAUGUUGCACCUAGGCACAUAAUACUGAUCAUUCUGUACAAAUGCAGUGGCCUGUUCACAGAACCUUUUAGUAUUUUUACGUGAUGCUGCAAAUACAAAUCAUUUAAUUAUUUUCAAAA